UAACGACAGUCGUGUGUCCAUACAGUGGGUGCUUAAUGUUUUCGGCUGUGUUGUUUAGCUGCUAAAAUGAUACUGGUAAAGUGUCCACACUGUAUCGGAGAGGAAAGGGCAUCAGAAAACACAGAUCACGUGGAGAAACUCUUGCCUCCGAUGUACAGCCAUCUGUUGUGUCAACACGAGCUACUGGAAACGUCACUUGAUGCCGAAAACUUCCGAGUGGGUCUAAGAUUGCAGCUGAGUACAGAGGAGCAGGUCCUGAAGUGGUUAGAUGACUUCCAGAAAUCUUCUGCGUUAACGUGGAGAAAGUCCAGAACAUACCCCGACUCUGGACGCUACAACAAAUACAGAGUAGAUUUAAGAUGCCAUCACAAAACCUACACUUCAUCCAGACCACCCAAAACAACACCCAAAAUAGUCAAGGCAAGCAAAAAUACCAACUGCCCUGCGACCAUGUUUAUAAUCCUCAAAAGACUCAUGGUAGAGAGAAAGUCCAGAUCUGGAGACCCUCACAUAGAAGACGGCUACUUUCUCCAUGUGAACCUGAGGAACGAGCACAACCACAAACUCGCCAGUCCUGAGGUCAUGAGGUGGAGGGACGUCUCGAGUGAAACUAUUGAAAAACUUCAUGAGCUCUUCAAAAGUGGACACUCGCCCUCAUCUGCACUCAAGAUCAUCAAAUACAAUCUGCAGGAGGAAGAAGGCGAGAAUUACAUUUACGCCAUAGCGGAUCGCUCCAUUUGUCCAGACCUUCAGUUCUGCUACAGGUUAUACCACAAGCUUUAUCAGAAUUCACUAGCUGCCCCUGCUGCUGAGGAGGUUACUACAGAGAAGGAUAUUUCAGAGCAGCUUUUUAAGCCCUUGGAGUUGGGGAGUCAGUUGGAGACUCAGUCAUGGGAAACUACAACAAUGAUAAUUGAACCCACCGGAUGCAUUGAAGAUAGAGUGACUGUGACCGUACCACUGAUCACUGCAGAAGGAGAUUACCUGGAAGAAGUCUGUGAGCCAGGGCCAAUAUCUGUCUGUGAAGGUGCUGGCGAAGAGGUUGUUGGCUCUUUGGAUGGACAGCUGGAGGAGAUUUUUGGGAAGCUGAAAAAAAAACUGAGCGAGGACGCAACUUUCACACCCCCUAUACGAGCUUUUGUUUCUAAUUUCUUUCAAAUGAAAACGGACAGUGUGCUGCAGUCUGCGCUCUUUUCCUUUGGUAAAACCACAGAGACAACAACAACAACCAAUCAAAUGACUCUUCAACCACCUGCAGGUCCACGGAGGAAAGUAAUUUUAGGAGCGCGUCGAUCUGUCAGUAGACCCCCAAAGAACUUAAGAAGAGAGCACCCGUACUGCAACAGCAGAUCUGUAGACACUACCCAAACCCUCACGUUUUGCUUGCAACAAAGUAGCACCCUUGAAAAGACCGACGAGGUGCUCAUCCCCUGCAGCCCACCACAGUAAAAUACAUGAAACUUAAUUUUUUUAACACAUUCCUGGUCCUUUCGGCAGAUGAUUCAUUAGUUAUUCCAAAAAGAAACGUUUUUUUGUGGUUUUAGUUUGAUGUUAUAACUUACUCUGCAUCUGAAAGGACCGUGGCCGUGUUAAAGGGAUACUUCACCCAAAAAUGACAAUUCUGCCAUCAUUUACUCGCCUUCGAGUUGUUCCAAUUCUGUAUAAAUGUCUUUGUUCAGAUGAACACAGAGAAAGAUAUUUGUAAGAAUGCUUAUAACAGAUAGAUUCUGCCCCCCAUUGACUCCCGUAGUUAGGAAAAAAUACAAUGGUAGUCAAAAGUGCCCCAGAAAGGUUUUCUGUGCUAAAUUCCUUAAAAUGUCUUCAUUUUUGUUCAGCAUAAGAAAAAAUAUGAUAUAGUCAUUUUGGUUAAAAGCAUUCUUCCAAAUAACUGUCUCUGUGUUCAUCAGAACAAAGAUCUUAGAACAGAUUUUGAACAACUCGAAUGUGAGUAAAUGAUGAUGGAAUAUUCAUUUUUGGGUGAAGUAUCCCUUUAAUGUUAACAGAAUACCAAAUAGGUAAUUUUACUUGGUUUUAAUGUAAAUAAUGCUGCCUUAAAGAAAUCCUGACAAUUUUAACUUCGGAAUAGAAUGCUGGUUUAUGGUAAUGAGAUUCACGUCCCUUUUUUCUUUAAUGAAUUGCAGAUAGAUGCAAAAACAUUAUUUACUAACAUUUAUUCAUUCAUUUUUCUUCAAGUGAGAAUUACGUUGACACUAAAAAUACAAUUAAGUUGUGACUUAAAGUAAACACAGUGUUUCAAACCCAGGUAAGGUGACUGUUACGGUUUUAAUUUGCCAUUUAUUAGCAAGAUGUGACUGAAAUAAAAACAAUCCUCCA